AUAAGUCACAAUCCGAGUUGCUACACUCCCCCUGGCGACAGUCUACCUCACCUGCACUUUCACCGACCGGGAUGCAACCGCGCACCACAAGCGAUUCGUGCAUUUUCGAUCCGGCCUCGGCCAGUGAGGAUACAGACACUUUGUCGGACUCAAAGCGCUGGACAGAGGCGUUCCGAUGCGCAACUCUGCGCAAUCCGAAACAAUUUGCCUGUCAUUCUGUCGGUAUGGCUGCGGUCGAUACCAGUGCACCAGAGACCACGAGUAGUGAUAAUUCACCCGCGGCCACACGCCACAUGUCCAAAAUUCGUCCAGUUCAAUCCAAUUUGACCGGACGAUCUUCUGAGGGGGCUGCUCCACUGAAUGAAAUCAUUCCAGGCACUAGAGCCACAGUGAACGUCGGCUCG